CGUGCGUGCGCGCGAGGAGAAAUUCUGACCGGGGCACGAGACAGGCGAGAGGCGGCGGAGGGUGAACAGCAAGUCUUGCUGGAUAUUCCGUUUGUAAUCCGCUAUUUUAUUAGUUUUAUUUCCACCCGUUCAGAUCUUUAACCCUCAGAGGAAACAGGUCGUUUUCGAGGGAUUUGACUGUUUUUAUUAGAUAGAUUUUGUAUCUGGAGUCUGAAACGUCCCCUCUUCUUUUCCACGCCACAUUUUAAACCAUUUUAUGAAUCGUUUUCUUGUUCCUCUGUCGUUGCGGAGUUUUUUGGGGUUUUUUUUGUUUUGUUUUUUUGGUGCUGGAGCAGCGGUUUUACUGAUUCGAGAUGACGGAAAUCAGCGAAAAAGAGAGCGAACCUCAGAACCGGGACCUGAACCGGCAGGGCACCACCGUGUCCGGUCAGCCGGAAUCAAAGCUGCAGCGGCUGAAGCGCUCCCUCUCUCUCAAAUCCGUCAUACGCAGCAAGAGUGUGGAUAACUUUUUCCAACGCAGCAAUGGCGAAUCUCGGCUGGCCUCAGCCAUCAUCACCGUGCCACCACCUCCAUCAUCUCCUCCUCCCUUCUCUGAAUCACCACUGGCCUAUGAACCCUCUCCCUCUCUUUCACCAUCAGUCAGUCCCAACCCUUCCUUGUCGUCAUAUUCCCCUUCUGUCAGCCCUUCACUGUCCAGGACUUCAAAGAGUCAGUCAAAGUCUCAGACCCAGCCAGUGCAACCAGUCAAGACCCACUGUUUCCAGGAGCAUAUCUUCCGUAGGCCCACCAGUUGCCAGCGAUGCAAACACGUGAUCCAAGGAAAUUCCAAGCAAGGCCUUCGUUGUAAAGCCUGUAAGCUGGCAGCCCACCUUUGGUGUUCCUCUGAGCUCUCUCAGCAGGCCUGUAAUGGCAAGUCCGGAGCCUUUAAGAGAAACUUCAGCUCUCCUCUGUUAACCAUUGAUCCGCUGAGUAUAGUCAAGGAGGCUCCGGCUGCCCAGGAGAGAGACAAUGUCAUUGUUGACCCUAUUUAUGAGGCACUGCGAUAUGGGACGUCAUUGGCUCAGAUGAGUCGCUCCAGCUUUGGAAGUAUCUCCGAAUCUCCUUGUCAUGAGGUAGAGACACUGCAAGGUAAACUAGAAAACCAACCUAUUGCUGAAGAGGAAAAUAUUCCGGGAAUGCUCACCCCUCCUGAAAGCGAGAAGGCUGAUUCAGAGGACAGGGUCAGCCUAAAGACUCCAAAGCGAGUAGAAGUUCACUCCAUUCACACGUAUAUCGCCCUCUACAAGUUUCUGCCUCAGGAGAAGAAUGACCUGGAACUACAGCCUGGCGACAGAAUUCAAGUCACGGACGACUCCAACGAAGACUGGUGGAAGGGGAAAAGCAAAGACAUGGUGGGAUUUUUCCCAGCCAACUUUGUCCAGCGGGUCCGGCCUGGUGAGCGGGUGUGGAAGGUCACCGCUGCUUUCCAUGGCAACCGAGACAAAGGCCAGAUGACUGUGAAAGAGAAUCAGAUCUGCAUAGGGAAAAACGAGGAGAUUGACGGCUUUCUUCGGUUGACCAGCGGGAAGAAGAGAGGCCUUGUCCCUGUGAUGUUUUUGCUAGAAAUAUGAUAGCAAUAUUGCAUAUCUCUCCUUGACCCUCAGAUUUUGCAAAGAAGCUCACAGUGAUGGAGGAAUACUCAGGAGUGUUUAGCCAGCACCUUACUGACAACCAUCCACCCUCCUCUACCCAUCCAAAUAUCGCUGCUACAGCUUCAGUGGAAAACCGCCUCCAGUUUUGGCUUUUUGGUUGAAGAUUAGGACAACCAGGACUUUCUUCAGAGCUACUUUGUUUGUAGCAAAGUGAGGUUUUUUAUAUCCUCACAAGGGAUAUGUAGCAAUUAUUUUCAAGAGAGUGUGUCAAGGUACUCUGGCUACCUCAUUAGCCAUCUACACUGGCCACUCACUCCCAAAAAGGAGAAAGGACCUAUUUGUCAUGAUGUCAAGGCAUGUUCAAGCUGUUUGUGAAAAGAAAACAUACGAUAAUACACUGGAUGUGUAUUGUUCCUUGUGCACACCAGUUUUGGUUGAAUAGAGUGAGUGAAGUUUAAAAACUACAACAGAUUUGCCUGUAUUAAUUUCAGUCACAUGGCCUAGGUUUGACGUAAUUCAGAUUUAUAACGUGCAUACACUUUGCACUUGAAUAUAAAAUGAUUCAGGUAUUACUGUGUAAUAAUAAUAAUAAUAAUCUUUUCUGUUUUAUCUUGGUCCAGUCAAAGUCACAACACACCUUUCUCUCACUCACACAGUGCACACUCGAGGGUUUUCUCUGCAUCCCAAAAUGCUCUUCUGUGAAACAGUAUGGCACAUUUGCACUCUUCACAGUUUCAAUGUGACAAAUACUUGCAUGCACCUCGGGGAGCUCUUGGUUUGCCCUUUAAAUGCUCCCCCCCACACACACACACAAUAAUGUAGUGAGUUUGGAUUUUCACUUUCUUCUAUGUAGCUCAAUUAACCAUAAGGAUCUGCAUCCAGUUGUUACAUCAUAAACAUAAUUUAUCUGUAUGUAAUGUCCUGUAUUAUUAACAUACGUCAUAGGAAAGAGCAGAGAGAGUACAUAAACCAGAGCGAUCGAUUAAAAGCCAUAUUCAGGUUGGUAAAAAAAAAGUGCUAAACGCUGUCAGUCGUUUCCACAGACAACUAAUAGCUUAUAGCUGUGACACGUUGGUGGAAAUAUAAUUGAUGACAUAAUCACCUCACAAACUUAAUUUAUUGCUCUGUCAGAAAUUAUAAGGCUUGGUUUAUGUAAAAAUGUUACAUUUAUACCUAAGGGUGUUUGUAAAUAGCCUUUUUAAAACACUUUAUAUGUAUAUAUAUAUAUAUAUAUAUAUAUAUAUAUAUAUAUAUAUAUAUAUAUAUAUAUUAGCUGCUGAAAGCAUGCUAACAUGGCGUUUUGCAGCUUUGCAGGAGCCAACUGAGGGCAUUAAUUUCUCUAUUACCUGUGGGAGAUUCCUGUUUAUUGUCUCAUGUACCUGCAGUAUGUAUGCACCUCUUUGCUAAAUUACCAUCUCGCCCUGUCAGCACAAAUAUUUUAAGAUACUAUGCACAACAGUUCUAGUCCCUCUCCUUUUGUACACAGCUUAUUUCCAAGCUCAAUGUGUCUUUGCCACUCAGUAGUUUUGCAAAGAUUUAAAACUGGACUUUGAAAUUGCUUGUUCUGUGUAUACACCAUACUAUUUCAAUAUAAUCCUGACUAGAACUAGGAUUGGCUCAGGAUAACAAUUACCAUUUUAACCAAACUGCACACUUACCAGGCUAGUUCUUAGCAUGACUGGUCAUCAUGUGAUCCUCAAAUAUGCUAAUAAAGUUGGAUGAACCCUCAAAA